CUUGAGGCCAAAUCUGGCUCCUAAGAAACAUCAAAGGAAGCCUACAUCAAAGACUUGCCAGGAUCAUUGCAGAAACCCGUCUGUCCUCUGUGGGAGGCUGAAUGGCAUCCCUGACAGGUGCACUGUCUUCAUUGCUGCUGCUGGUGAUCAUUGCAGGUUGUGCUUGUAUGCAGUGCAGUGACAGGAGGAUGUACUCCAAUGCAGUCAUCUCACCUAAUUUGGAAACGACCAAGAUCAUGCAAGUAUCUCAAGCCACCACUGUGGUGGACUGCACGACUGCUUGCUGUGACUUGUCUAGUUGUGAUCUUGCCUGGUGGUUUGAGGGCCGCUGCUAUCUGGUGAGCUGUCUGCAUAAAGACAGUUGUCAGCCCAAGAUGAGUCCUAUUGAAUCUCACCUCACCUUUGUGCUCAGGCCUAUCCAGAGGCCAAUGCAGAUGCUGAACUAUGGAAUGCUGAACAGAGGCUCCCCGGCAGACAUCUGGGGGGACUCACCUGAAUACAUUAGAAAAGACUUGCCUUUUCUUGGUAAAGAUCAAGGCUUGGAGGAGAUGUCUGAGUACUUGGAUGAUUAUCAGGAACAGGACCUCCUCCAACCCAUCAGCAAACAGGAGCGCAGAGGUGGUGCGGAGUAUACGGAUUGGGGUUUACCAGCUGGUAGUGAUGGAGGUAUCAACUCAUCUGCUAUAGAAGAUACCGAUCCAUCUGAGGGGAAACAGCAGGAAGACCUUGAGCCCCAAUAUCUGGACUCAGAGCACCAUGAACUAAAUGAAUCUGUGGAGACACCACCCUCAAAAUACUCUCCAGACAGAAGACUGUUGCUUCCUUUGGGGACUCCAUCUGCUGGAGAAAUCCUGGAGACAGAGAGUUUUCAGCUCCAGGGAAAAUCCAACAACAGUUCUCAAAAAGAGGUUCUAAUGCCUUCCCAUGAUCCUCUUCCAUCCAGCCUGGAUUCCAGUACAGCCACUUUGGGGACAAUCCCAGUUCUUUCAUUUCCCCCAGGGAGAACAGAGCCCAGCACCCCAGCUCUUCCCACAAGCAUCCAUCCCAUUGAAUCUACCGCAUCUGAGGAACCCACAUCUCCCACUAUUGAUCCUAAGACAGUUAAAGAGCUCACUGUGUCUGCUGGAGAUAACCUCAUAAUAACUUUACCAGAAAAUGAAGUUGAACUGACUGCUUUUGUUGUGCCAGCGCCCCCUGCAGAAACAACCUACAACUAUGAAUGGAGUUUAAUAAGCCGCCCUGUAGAAUACCAAGGUGAAAUAAAAGAAAAUCAUAUGCAAACUCUUAAUCUUUCUCAAUUGUCUGUGGGACUUUAUGUCUUCAAAGUAGUGGUGUCUGGUGACACUGUCUUUGGAGAGGGAUUUGUAAAUGUCACUGUGAGGCCAGCCAGAAGAGUCAACCUACCACCUAGAGCAAUUGUUUCUCCUCAGAUACAAGAGCUCAUUUUGCCUUUGACGUCAGCCCUCAUCGAUGGCAGCCAAAGUACAGAUGACACUAAAAUAGUGAGUUACCACUGGGAAGAAAUUGACGGGCCCUUCAAGGAAAAGAAGACUUCAGAUGACUCCUCUGUCUUACUUUUGUCUGACCUUGUUGCUGGUAAUUAUACUUUCAGGUUAACUGUUACAGAUUCAGAUGGAGCCUCUGACUCCACAGUUGCAGUUGUCAGAGUCAACAGUGCUGUGGACCAUCCACCAGUUGCCAAUCCAGGACCAAAUCAGACCAUAACGUUGCCUCAAAACUCUAUCACUUUAAAUGGAAAUCAGAGCAGUGAUGAUCACCAGAUUGUCCUCUAUAAGUGGUCAUUGGGUCCUGGAAGUGAGAAAAAAGAAGUAGCCAUGCAGGCAAUGGAGACACCAUACCUUCAUUUGUCUGCCAUGCAGGAAGGAAAUUAUACAUUCCAGCUGAUGGUAACAGAUUCUUCCAGGCAACAGUCUACCUCUAUGGUUACUGUGAUUGUUCAGCCUGAAAACAACAGACCUCCAGUGGCAUUGGCUGGCCCUGAUAAGGAGCUGUUCUUCCCAUCAGAAGGGAUAAUCCUGGCCACGACUCUGGACGGGAGCAGGAGCACUGAUGACCACGGCAUUGUGUUCUACUUCUGGGAGCACAUCAGUGGCCCCAGUGCAGUGGAGAUGGAAAAUAUCGACAAACCUAUAGCCACUGUAACUGGUCUUCAGGUGGGUACCUACCACUUUCGUUUAACAGUGAGAGACCAGCAGGGACUGAGCAGCAGCACCACCCUUACUGUGGCUGUGAAGAAAGAAAAUAAUAGUCCUCCCAGAGCCCAAGCUGGUGGCAGACAUGUUCUUGUGCUUCCCAAUAACUCCAUUACUUUGGAUGGUUCAAGGUCUACCGAUGACCAAGGAAUUGUGUCCUAUCAGUGGAUCCGGGAUGGCCAGAGUCCAGCAGCAGGAGAUGUCCUUGAAGGAUCUGAUGGCAGUGCAUCCCUGCAACUCACCAACCUGGUAGAGGGAGUCUACACUUUCCACUUGCGAGUAGCUGAUGGUCAGGGGGCCUUGGACACUGACACCACCACUGUGGAAGUGCAGCCAGACCCUAGGAAGAGGGACUUGGUGGAGCUAAUCCUGCAGGUCAGCGUUGGGAAGCUGACAGAGCAGCAGAAGGACAUCCUUGUAAGGCAGCUGGCACUGCUACUGAAUGUGCUAGACUCGGACAUCAAGGUGCAGAAGAUCCAGGCCCACUCAGAUCUCAGCACUGUGAUUGUGUUUUAUGUACAGAGUGGACCACCUUUCAAGGUUUUUAAAGCUGCUGAGAUAGCCCGAAAUCUUCACAGGAGGCUCUCAAGGGAGAGGGCUGAUUUCUUGCUUUUCAAAGUACUGAGGAUUGACACAGAAGGUUGUCUUCUAACAUGCUCUGGCCAUGGCCAUUGUGACCCCAUCACAAAACGCUGUGUUUGUUCUCAGCUGUGGAUGGAGAACCCAAUACUUCAUUAUAUCCAAGAUGGGGAGAGCAACUGUGAAUGGAAUAUAUUCUUUGUGAUGGCGUUGGUUCUUAUCUUCAUAGUGCUUACAGGGGGGUUAACUUGGCUUUGCAUCUACUGCUGCAAGAGACAAAAGAGAACUAAGAUAAGGAAAAAAACAAAGUAUACAAUCCUGGAUAACAUGGAUGACCAGGAGAGAGUGGAGCUAAGACCCAAAUAUGGUAUUAAGCACCGAAGCACCGAGCACAACUCCAGCCUGAUGGUGUCUGAAUCUGAGUUUGACAGUGACCAGGACACAAUCUUCAGCAGAGAAAGAAUGGAACAAGGGAACUCAAAGUUUUCCAUGAAUGGCUCCAUUAGGAAUGGAGCUUUCUUCAACUAUUGCUCAAAAGACAGAUGAAUCAAUUGUAAAACAGAAGGAUGCCCCAAAGGAAUUAUUAAGCCCAGGACAAGUCAAUGGGAGUUAGAAACACAGAACUAUCUCUUGUUUAAGUAGCCCACUGGUGAUCUUUUCACGCUGGGAUGUCUAUGUGUCCCCAUAUUUUAUAAGACCUUGUUUUCUUGGGGCUUUUGAGACACAAAAUAGAAACACUGAUCUUUUACCUGAGAUGCCUGUCAGUAGGUAUAAAGACAGGGCAAGAUGCUAAGUUAAAUACUAAAAGGAGUUUUGUGCUUUUGUAGUUGACCCAAUAUUAAAUAGCCUCUGCUGAAAUAGAUUCUCACUUGUUUCUGUCUAAAGAACUUUAGGGAAAGCUAGUGAAGUAGGGAAUGAGAGAGGGCUGGUUUCUUGCAGGAGCUCUGCUUACCUUUAAGAAUAGCUUUUCAGACAUGGUUUCUCUGGGAGGACCCAUAAACUCAGAUGACCUUCUACACUGUGAUGAUUUAUCUGAGGUCAAUGUGAUCUUCUCUGCUGACCACAACACCCAUAAAAAGUCAAGGUUUCCUGUCUUCCCUUUUUUUUUUUGCUUUGGUUGCCAACCACUUCUGUACUCUCUAGAAAACAACUUCUAGGGUAGGGGAGAUAACAUAAUGGAUAUACAAAAAGCUUACAUGCCUGAGGCUGUGGAAGUCCCAGGUUUAAUCCCCUGUACCACCAUAAUCCAGAGCAUUUUAGUAUUUUAUACCUUUCCUUUCUCUUGGAAGCACAAACGACAUUAAGACCUUUGUAGCCACAGUUUACAGUAAAUAUAAUGAAAGCGAUUAUUUAUCACACAUUUAUGGAGGAUUGGGGCAGAUCAUGCAUUUGGACUAUGACAGAUAGAGAUUACUACUCAGCCAGUGUCUAUUUUUCCAAACUCAGAAACAUAAUCUUAGUUAGCCUUGUAUACUUCUGAUACUCUGGGCCCCUCCAUGUAUUUUCCAUGAUAAAUGACCUAGACAAAUCACUUCGUAUACUUAAAAAUAUUUGUAUUAAAGCUUUUCUACUAAAUAAGUUUAUCUUAAAUACAUGAAAACUUUUAAACCAUCCUCAGCCAUAAGGCAACACCCCAUAACAAUAAGCUGGAGUUAAAUUGGUUCCUCAUUCACCCACAGUUCUAAGCCUACUGGCCAGGAUGGUACCCCUGGUAUUCUUUGUGGAAGAUUAGAAAAAGAGAUGGGACCAUUACAGAUACAACCAGUGCCGUGGCAUAAAGUGUGGUCAUACAGAGAUCUGUUGCAAAGGUCCCUGUAAAAUUAGGAUUGCUUUGCUAUGAUUCAUUAUAUUAAGGAGAAACAAGCUAUUAAACAAUCAAGUUUAAGUCAUCUUGAGAACAGGAGUUCACACAGGAACUCUUCUUUUUUUCAAAAGGGGAAAAGAAAGCUUUUGAGCACUUUUUUUAAAAAAAAGAUUUUAUUUAUUUAUUAAUGAGAAAGAUAGGAGGAGAGAGAAAGAACAUCACUCUGGUAUAUGUGGUGCCAGGGAUUGAACUCAGGAUCUCAUGCUUGAGAGUCUAAUGCUUUAUUCACUGUACCACCUCUCAGACUGCUUGAGUACUUUCUGUUCUUUCUAAUAAUU